AACCUUGUAGAUGACUGAUAAGGUGGGGCACCUAUGACACGCAAAAUGAGCAUUAUACUCACAACCCUCGGCCGACUGGAUACCCCUGGGUGGUCCAAUACAAUUCUAUGUGGUCCAGAGGGGUGAAAACGUCUGACACCCCAGGUUGACACCACUUCACGCCCAAAGCCCCUGAAGAUCCGGGCGCGGGCCAGGGAGAUCAGGAACCGCCCUGGCUCGCCUUGCCAGAUGCAGCGCCGCGCUAGCCCUCUACUGGCCGACCCGGGUCACGCAACCUCCGUUAUCGGGAAGCACCACCAGCUCCAGACCCCUCUAACCGGCUGGGGCCUUUCUCGCUGGUACAUUGGGCGACACCCCAGGGCGGACGCUCCUCUAGCACCAGGGGGCGCGCGGCUGCUCAGGGGCCCUUCUGGCCUGCGGCAGCAGCUCGACUGCUCCGAGGCGGGCCAGGUGAACCCCCGCGAUUCCCCGCAACGUGCCGGUACCGCUGGAGCUACUACCAUGGAGGUGCCGGUGGGCACCCGGCCUCAGGAAGCUGGCGAAGGGCUAGGCGGGACUAGAUCCAUGUCCUCCGGCCGCGCAGCGCGGGCCUCCGCGGUGCCCUGGGCGCGCUUCUCCGCCUGGCUGGAGUGCGUGUGCGUGGUCACCUUCGAUCUGGAGCUGGGCCAGGCGCUAGAGCUAGUCUACCCAAGUGACUUCCGGCUCACAGACAAGGAGAAAAGCAGCAUCUGCUACCUGUCAUUUCCAGACUCUCACUCAGGAUGCCUCGGAGACACUCAGUUCAGCUUCCGCAUGCGUCAGUGUGGAGGACAGAGAAGCCUCUGGCAUGUUGACGAUGGGCCUUACAACAACAAGGCCCCCUUAGCACUGCAGAGGGAGCCAGCGCACUACCUGGGCUAUGUGUACUUCAGACAGGUGAAGGACAGCUCUGUGAAGAGGGGCUACUUCCAGAAGUCUUUAGUGCUGGUGUCCCGUCUGCCAUUUGUCCGGCUGUUUCAGUCACUGCUAAGCCUGAUCGCCCCUGAGUACUUUGAGAAGCUGGCACCCUGCCUGGAAGCAGUUUGUAAUGAGAUUGACCAAUGGCCAGCCCCUGUGCCCGGGCAGACCCUGAAUCUACCUAUUAUGGGAGUCGUCAUUCAGGUACACAUCCCAUCCAGGGUGGACAAGCUAGAAUCCAAUCCUCCAAAGCAUGACCAAGAGAACCUGCUGCCAGCCCCAGUCGUCCUCACUAGUGUCCAUGAACUGGAUCUUUUCAGGUGCUUCCGGCCAGUGCUGACCCAUGUGCAGACCCUGUGGGAGCUCAUGCUCCUUGGGGAGCCCCUACUGGUCCUGGCACCCUCGCCCGACGUGUCUUCAGAGCUGGUGCUAGCCCUGACCAGCUGCCUACAGCCCCUGAAGUUCUGCUGCGACUUCCGCCCCUACUUCACCAUUCACGACAGCGAGUUCAAGGAGCUCACGACACGAACACAGGCUCCACCAAACGUGGUCCUGGGAGUCACAAACCCUUUCUUUAUCAAAACACUCCAGCACUGGCCCCAUGUCCUCCGAGUUGGGGAGCCCAAGAUGGCAGGGGACCUUCCUAAGCAGGUCAAGCUUAAAAAACCCUCUCGGCUGAAGACCCUCGACACCAAGCCAGGCCUCUACACCUCAUAUACUGCCCACCUCCACCGGGACAAAGCGCUGCUUAAACGACUGCUCAAGGGCGUACAGAAGAAACGGCCGUGGGACACGCUGAGUGCCCUGCUGAGGCGGCACCUCCUAGAGCUCACACAGAGUUUCAUCAUCCCUCUGGAACACUACAUGGCCAGCCUCAUGCCACUGCAGAAGAGCGUCACACCCUGGAAGAGCCCCCCCCAGAUCUGCCCCUUCCGCCAGGAUGAUUUCCUGCGUAGCCUGGAGCAUGCAGGACCCCAGCUCACCUGCAUCCUCAAGGGCGACUGGCUGGGCCUCUACAGGCGUUUUUUCAAGUCCCCCCAUUUUGAUGGCUGGUAUCGGCAACGACACAAAGAGAUGGCCCAGAAGCUGGAGGCUCUGCACCUGGAAGCUAUUUGUGAGGCGAACAUCGAGGCCUGGAUGCAGGACAAGUCGGAGGUGGAAGUGGUGGACCUAGUCCUGAAACUUAGGGAGAAGCUGGUGCGGGCACAGGGCCACCAACUCCCCGUGAAGGAGGUGACACUGCAGCGGGCUCAGCUGUACAUCGAUACAGUCAUUGGCUCCCUGCCCAAGGACCUGCAAGCAGUCCUGUGCCCUCCCUAGGACAGGGCCAACCUGUGUGGUCCUGGGGGCCUAAGUCUGCCAAGUUCCCUCUCCCUUGAAGGCAGGCCUCCACCAAGCUGGAGCUUCCAGCCUUGGGCUCCUACCUCCGCUUCAGCCCCCUUGCGGAACCACCCUUGUCCCAGCAGUAAAGUGACAUUUGGAAUGACA